AUGUUGUUCAAUAACAAAACCGUCAUCAAUUCAUUUAUAAUGUUCUUAGCAGGCAGUGCCAUUACUGCAAACGCACAACAAGAAGCCACUGCUCCAGAAGAUUCUGAUGUUAUUAGAUUAACUACUGAAACUUUUCCAGAUUUCAUUAAGGAAAAUUCUCUAGUUUUGGCUGAAUUUUUUGCUCCAUGGUGUGGUCACUGUAAGAACUUGGCUCCAGAAUAUGUCAGCGCUGCUUCUGAAUUAAAAAAAUACGAUAUUCCAUUGGCUCAAAUUGAUUGCACCGUUGAAUCAGAUCUAUGUAUGGAACAUGGCAUUAAAGGCUAUCCAAGUUUGAAAAUCUUUAGAGGUGUUGAUUUGCCACCCAGUGACUAUGAAGGUGCUAGAAACAAGGAUAGCAUUAUCAACUACAUGAAGAAACAAGCUUUACCAAGUGUUCAAGUUGUUGAAGAUGAACAAGAUUUGAAAGAUUUGAUUAGUGAAGCUACUGAAGUUGUUAUCGUCGACACCGGUGUUGAAAACUUGAACGAAACCUUCCAUAAAGCUGCAAACCUAUACAGAGAUUAUUUUACCUUUUUACAACAAUCACCAUCUAACAAUACCGAAAAGGGUGUUUUAUCUUUAUACCACCCCGGUUCAAACAAUUCUGAUCCAAUUGUUUUCACGGGUAAAAAUACUACCCUAGAUCACAUUGUUGAAUGGAUCUCUAUUGAAUCUAAACCAUACUUUGGUGAAGUUGACGGUUCUACUUUUGAAAGUUAUAUGGACUCUGGUAUUCCAUUAGCUUAUUUCUUUUAUACCACUCCAGAAGAACGUGAGUCUUAUUCUGAAUUAUUUACCACUUUGGGUAAAGAAUACAGAGGUAAAAUUAAUUUUGCCGCUUUGGAUGCUUCUAAAUACGGUAGACAUGCUACUAACUUGAAUAUGAAGGAACAAUUCCCAUUAUUUGUUAUUCAUGAUAUUAAUACCAAUUACAAGUAUGGCUUAGAACAAUUAAGCGAUGAAGAAUUUGCCAACUUAAAAAAAGAAGGUAAAGUUAAUAUUCAAUUGGAGGAAAAGGAAAUCCAAAAGUUUGUUACUGAUUUCGAAAAUGGCAAAUUGGAACCAAUCAUUAAAUCCGAAGAAAUCCCUGAAGUUCAAGAAACUAACGUUACCAAGAUUGUUGGUAAGAGUCACGAUGCUAUUGUUCAUGAUUCAACCAAAGAUGUUUUGGUUAAAUACUAUGCCCCAUGGUGUGGUCAUUGUAAAAGAUUGGCUCCUAUUUAUGAGGAAUUAGCUAACAUAUAUGCCUUUGAUGAAGAUGCUUCUUCUAAGGUUGUCAUUGGUGAAGUUGACUCUACUGAAAAUGAUAUCUUUGAUAUUGAAAUUGCUUCUUUCCCAACUAUUGUCUUGUAUCCAGCCGCUAAAGAUGCUGAACCUGUCAUUUAUUCCGGUUCCAGAAACAUUGAAAGUUUUAUUGAAUUCAUUAAAGAAAAUGGGGCUAACGGUGUAGAUGGUGAUGAAAUUUUAACAAAAAAGAUCCAAGCUGAAAAAGAAGAAGAGGAAGAAAAAGAAACUACUGCUGAUGAAGAAGUUGAGGAAGUUGAACUUGAUGAAUUGUAA